UCAAAGUGCUUGUGGCUUCAUGAGCUCAGCCACGCGCCACCAUUCCCAAAGCUCCAACUAAGGCAACUGAGACUUUAUCACCUUCAGCAUUCAAGCCGUAAGGGGCUACAGUGGUAUCUCAUGCUCUUGAAUUAUUUCACAUUGGACCUCCCCCAUCAUCAUCGCGCUCAGGAGACGUAUCUUCUUGAUUGCGCCGACAACAACCCCCACGCAACAUGGCGACGACGCGCCGCGAUUUCCUUAGCCAGCCUGCCCCAGAGAACUAUGUCGCUGGUCUGGGGCGUGGUGCCACAGGCUUCACAACACGGUCCGAUUUAGGUCCUGCCCGCGAAGGACCAUCCGAGGACCAGAUCAAGGAGGCACUUGCCAAAAGAGCUGCGCAACUGGGCCUUGGCGAUGCCGCUGGCAAGAAAGAUGAUGCCGAAAAUGACAACGACGAAAGAUAUCAGGACCCGGACAACGAAGUAGGCCUCUUCGCUGGUGGUGUUUAUGACAAAGAUGAUGACGAAGCAGAUCGCAUCUACCGUGAGGUAGACGAGAAGAUGGAUCGCAGACGGAAGAGGAGACGGGAGGCACGCGAACAAGAAGAACGAGAAGAGCACGAGCGCAAACACCCAAAGAUCCAGCACGAGUUUGCUGACCUCAAGAGAGCCCUCGGCACCAUAUCCGACGAGGACUGGGCCAAGCUGCCCGAGGUCGGCGAUCUCACAGGAAAGAACAGAAGAAGCAGGGAAGCACGGCAUCAGCGAUUUUAUGCUGUUCCCGACAGCGUUCUUGCUGCCGCAGGAAGUGCUGGAGAACUUGGCACAACCGUUGCCGACGGAGGCGAAUCCAGCGCCAACGCUGAGGGCACGACGACGGACUUCGCUAAGAUCGGACAGGCACGAGACAAAGUACUUCAGGUCAGGCUUGAUCAAGCUUCCAGCGCUGCAUCGGGGAGCGCAUCUAGUGUCGACGCCAAGGGAUACCUCACAAGCCUGAACCAAUCGCAGUUGCCCCAGAGCGCUGCUCAAGUGGGUGAUAUCAACCGGGUUCGAGAACUUCUUGAGUCUGUCAUCAGGACGAACCCCAACAACGGCCCAGGAUGGAUUGCUGCUGCGAGAGUGGAGGAGCUGGCUGGGAAGAUCGUGAAAGCGCGGGACCUCAUCGCUCGAGGCUGCCAGCAGUGUCCAAAGAACGAGGACGUCUGGCUUGAAAAUAUUCGCCUCAACGAUGCGCAGAAUGCCAAGAUCAUAGUGGCCGCCGCCGUUAAGAAAAAUGACCGCUCGGUGCGCUUAUGGGUUGAGGCAAUGAAAUUGGAGACUGCUCCCUUGGCCAAGAAACGUGUUAUUCGACUGGCGUUGGACCGUAUUCCCGAAUCUGAGGCAUUGUGGAAGGAGGCAGUCAACCUAGAAGAGGACCAAGAAGAUGCGCGUCUACUACUAGCAAAGGCAACAGAGCUCAUCCCACUUUCUGUUGACUUGUGGCUGGCAUUGGCUCGACUGGAAUCGCCAGAAAAUGCCCAAAAAGUAUUAAAUAAGGCACGCAAGCAUUGCCCCACGUCGCAUGAGAUCUGGAUAGCAGCUGCAAGACUGCAAGAGCAGCUCGGCAAAGCACAAAAGGUCAACGUCAUGGAACGUGCAGUGCAGGUGCUUGCCAAGGAAUCAGCCAUGCCGAAGCGUGAAGAAUGGAUCACCGAGGCGGAGAGAUGCGAAGAAGAGGGUGCAAUCAUUACCUGCAGCCUUAUAAUCCAGUCGACACUGGGGUGGGGCCUAGACGAGGACGACGAUCGAAAAGACACGUGGAUGGAAGAUGCACGCGGAAGUAUGGGCCGCGAGAUGUUCGUGACUGCCCGGGCAAUCUACGCCUACGCCCUUCGUGUCUUUCCCACGAGCAAGACGAUAUGGCUUGCAGCAGCUGAUCUGGAACGAACCCAUGGGUCCAAGGAGGAAUUGUGGCAGGUUCUCGAGAAAGCCGUCAACGCUUGCCCUCGUUCCGAAGUGUUGUGGAUGAUGCUGGCCAAGGAAAAGUGGCAAGCUGGCGAAAUAGACGCUGCCCGUCUCGUGCUCGCCCGCGCUUUCAAGCAAAACCCCAACAAUGAGGAUAUUUGGCUCGCAGCUGUCAAGCUCGAGGCUGAGAAUGGCCAAGUUCAUCAAGCCCGAGAGCUGCUUGCUCAAGCGCGUACAGAAGCACCUACAGACCGCGUCUGGACGAAGUCCGCGGCGUUCGAGCGCUCCCUUGGCAACCAGGACGCGGCACUCGACCUCAUCAAUGAGGCACUAAACCACUUCCCCGGCUCACCGAAGCUCUGGAUGAUGAAGGGUCAGAUCUACGAGGACCUAAAGAAGACGCCCCAAGCCCGUGAAGCUUACGCAACGGCCGUAAAGGCAGUUCCCUCAUCUGUUCCCCUAUGGCUGCUCUACGUCCGCCUGGAAGAAAAGGAAGGACAGCUCCCCAAGGCACGUAGUGUACUGGAUCGAGCGAGAUUGGCAGUCCCCAAGAAUGCUGAGCUGUGGUGUGAAAGCGUGCGAGCCGAACGCCGGGCGGGCAAUUCCAAACAGGCCGAGAGUUUGCUGGAGCGUGCCUUGCGCGACGUGCCCAAAGCUGCUCAGGGGCCCCUGUGGAGCGAGAGGAUUUGGCACCAUACGCCCCGGACCAAACGGAAGCCGCAGGCCCUCGAAGCAAUCAAGGAAGUCGACAACGACCCGACGCUGCUUGUGGCCGUGGCGCGCAUCUUCUGGGGCGAACGCAAACUGGACAAGGCACAAAACUGGUUCGAGAAGGCCCUGAUUCGAGACUCGGAUUACGGCGACUCGUGGGCCUGGUACUAUAAGUUCUUAGUCGAGCACGGGACCUCCGAGAAGAGAGAAGAAGUUGUGAAGAAGUGCGUUGCGAUCGAGCCACGGCAUGGUGAAGUGUGGGCCAGGAUCGCGAAGCACCCGUCAAACAGUAGGAAGAGUGUCGAGGAUCUGUUGAAGAUGGUGGCUGCCGAGCUCAACUGAGGUGGGUGUUUGUCUACUGCCCCAGAAUGGCAUAACCGGAUACGAAAAACGUAACAUAUGAUGUAUGGAAUCCGAUAUACUUCGAGGCGGAUUCGUUCAGUAACUUACUCGUGUUCUUUGUUGAUGAAUCUCUCGUAUCCUCUGUACUUACGAUGCGGCCGUGCAGUUGUACACUUCGGGUUGUUCAGUGUCUGUUCGGGAAUUGAAAUCUGAGUUUGGCUAAUUGAAGACCUCGAGC